AUGGAUUCUCCCACAGUCAACCCCUUCUGGGGACCUCAAACCUCCUAUUUGAACUUCUGUGAAGAGGUAAAGCACCCUAUCUGUGACGAUAUUGAGGACUAUAUCAUCACUCGCUUCAUCGCUGAGUUUAUCAAUACUUGUAGCAGCUUUGUUUACAUCUUCUUUGGAAUCUAUGGGCUGCUAGGUCUUCGCCAUAAAAACAAGGCUGGCAUGCGCUGGAUCUCAUACUAUGGUUUGAUCGGAGUCGGGGCCUGCUCUGGUGGUUACCAUAUGACUCUCAAAUACCAUACACAAAUGUCGGAUGAACUGUCGAUGCAUUUGCUCACAACGCCUCUACUGUUUCGAGUUCUCACAUAUAAGGCUACUCCACAGCAUACUAAAAUAGUUGGAUCCAUCCUUCUUACCAUGUUCACCAUUGUAAUGGUUACUCACAUGGUUAUGGAUGAAUUCCUGCUUCAUGCUGUUACCUUUGGGUUGGCAGCUCUCUUGAUCACAACACGUACCACAUCACUUAUAUCUCACGAGAUCCCUGAUCCAACCAUCAAGAAGAAGUUCCGGAUCAUUGCGAAUGUGGGACUCUUCAGCUUCAUCUUUGGUUAUCUCAUCUGGCUGGUUGACGGCUAUGCCUGCGGAAGCCUUACUGACAUUAAACACAUGGUUGGCUUACCGCUUGGAUUUCUCUUUGAGUUCCAUGGAUGGUGGCAUUUCUUCACUGGAAUCGGAGGCUACGCUGCAGUUUCCAUCGUUGACCUUAUUACAGCAGAUGAGGUACAUCAAGAUCCUACAUCACAGCUUGCCUGGCCUUUAGCCCCUGCAGCAAGAGCCGCUGAUGCAAUUUUUGGUUCUAAGGAAAAGGUCUAG